AUGCGUUUCCGUUGCGACACCCGAUCCAAAGACGAACUAGAGGCCCAUUGCGGCAAGAAGGCACACGAUGGCCUGCUAAACCGUUAUCUCGGCUUCAGCAAGGAGGACUGGCAGCGCAUUAUCGAGUUGUUCACGUAUCUACGCAUCCACUGGAACAAUCCGGGACAUCAUUAUGGACAGAAGCGCAAGAUGAGCUGCUCAAGCAGUAUUGGGCCAGGCCCAAGACCGACGAGGUUCAAAGAAAGGUCGAAAAUAAUAUCAGAGGAGAAUUCCCUGAAGCAGGCAGACUUCAUAACCUUCUUCCGUCAGAUCCAGUCGCACGGUGGGGUCGCAGACGACAUUGCCGACUCGCUGCUCGCUGUGCGAAACCUGGACUUCGACUCUUCGCAUAUCACCCAGCUGAGAGAAGCUAUCAGGUCGCGGCUUGGAGUCUAUAAUGCCUAUAUGGAUCGGGAAAAUGAGGGUGAUUCCAAAGAAACAGACCCCUGGAAACCCCCAGCAGCAGAGCGGGAAAUGGCGACAGAUGUGGGAGACGCAAUGCAUGAACCCUCGGGCUCGAAUUCUUUGCGGCCGGAAAAGUUGGCGGGAAUUCAUCAGGAGAUACCUGAAAGCAAGCAAUGA